GUCCCGGGAGCGGGCCCUGGACUACUACGGGCUGUACGACGACCGCGGGCGCCCCUACGGCUACCCGGCUGUGUGCGAGGAGGACCUGAUGCCUGAGGACGACCAGCGGGCCACGCGCAACCUCUUCAUCGGGAACUUGGACCACAGCGUGUCGGAGGUGGAGCUGCGACGGGCCUUCGAAAAGUACGGCAUCAUCGAGGAGGUGGUCAUCAAGAGGCCCGCCCGUGGCCAGGGGGGUGCGUACGCCUUCCUCAAGUUCCAGAACCUAGACAUGGCCCACAGGGCCAAGGUGGCCAUGUCCGGCCGGGUGAUUGGCCGCAACCCCAUUAAGAUCGGCUACGGCAAGGCCAAUCCCACCACCCGGCUCUGGGUGGGGGGCCUGGGACCUAACACCUCACUGGCCGCUCUGGCCCGGGAGUUUGACCGCUUUGGGAGCAUUCGGACCAUCGAUCAUGUCAAAGGAGACAGCUUUGCCUACAUCCAGUAUGAGAGCCUGGACGCCGCCCAGGCCGCCUGCGCUAAAAUGAGGGGCUUUCCCUUGGGUGGUCCAGACCGCAGGCUGCGGGUGGAUUUUGCCAAAGCAGAGGAGACUCGGUAUCCCCAGCAGUACCAGCCCUCCCCCCUCCCUGUGCACUACGAACUUCUCCCAGAUGGGUAUGCCCGGCACCGCAACCUGGACCCCGACCUGCGGGUGCGGGACAGGACCCCCCCACACCUCCUGUACUCAGACCGAGACCGGACCUUCUUGGAAGGGGACUGGACCAGCCCUGGUAAGAGCUCUGACCGCAGGAACAGCCUGGAGGGCUACAGCCGCUCGGUGCGCAGCCGCAGCGGGGAGCGCUGGGGAGGAGAUGGGGACCGGGGCCUGCCCAAGCCCUGGGAGGAGAGGCGGAAGCGGAGGAGCCUGUCCAGUGACCGUGGGAGGACAACCCACUCCCCUUACGAGGAACGGAGCAGGACCAAGGGUGGUGGGCAGCAGGCCGACCGAGGCUCCGACCGCACCCCUGAGCGCAGCCGCAAGGAAAACCACUCCAACGAGGGGACCAAGGAGUCGAGCAGCAACUCCCUCAGCAACAGCAGGCAUGGGGCUGAGGAGCGGGGCCACCACCACCACCACGAGGCUCCAGACGCUGCCCACGGGAAGAAGACCCGUGAGAGCGAGCGCAACCAUCGGACCACGGAGGCUGAGCCGAAGCCUCUCGAAGAGCCAAAACAUGAGACCAAAAAGCUCAAGAACCUCUCGGAGUACGCGCAGACGCUGCCGCUGGGCUGGAGCGGGCUGCUGGUGUUGAAGAACAGCUGCUUCCCCACAUCUAUGCACGUCCUCGAGGGGGACCAGGGCGUGAUCAGCGGGCUCCUCAAAGACCACUCUUCGGGGAGUAAGCUGACUCAGCUGAAGAUUGCCCAGCGCCUCCGACUGGACCAGCCCAAGCUCGACGAGGUCACGCGACGCAUCAAGCAGGGGAGCCCCAAUGGCUACGCAGUGCUGCUCGCCACACAGGCCGCCCCCAGCGGGCCUGGCACUGAGGGGAUGCCCCUGGUGGAGCCAGGCCUACAGAGGCGGCUUCUCAGGAACCUGGUCUCCUACUUGAAACAGAAGCAGGCGGCCGGUGUGAUCAGCCUGCCGGUGGGUGGGUCCAAGGGCAGAGACAGCACGGGCAUGCUCUACGCCUUCCCGCCCUGCGACUUCUCGCAGCAGUACCUCCAGGCGGCACUGAGGACCUUGGGCAAGCUGGAGGAGGAGCACAUGGUGAUCGUUAUAGUGAGGGACACUGCCUAGCCCGGACGCCUCCCAGCGCCACUUGUGUCACAAAAGCAGUCAUUUUAGAACCUGAUCCGCUGCCUCAGUCCUACCCCCUCGGUUUGACUUUUCUGCUGGGUUGUUUUGGUUCAUUAGGUGGGAGACCAAAGUCCUGUCCCCACCAAAACUGAGUUCUUAGGUUUUGGGGAUUUUUUUCCCGUGAUGAGAAGGGACUCCUGUCAUGUUGGUUUCUGGUGUACGAGAUACUGUCUGCUGUGUUCUGUAUUUUUUUUAUUUUUUGACUCACUGUAUGGAAAGUUGUCAGUAAAGCCUUUGUCAGAGGAUGGAUUUUUAAUCCUGUUCAGA